UACACGCAGCACAUCCACAGACCACUUUAGAUAAGAACAAAAGAAAAAGAUUUGCUGUAGAAUGGCUGACCUCUGCAAGGCCUCUGCCAGUGGAAAUUUAUCCAGGGUUUUGUUUUUGCUGAAAAAUGGAGGAUCUGUCAAUGGCCUUAAUAAAUACAAAAGGACUGCUCUGCAGGUGGCACAAUUGGGGAACACCGCAGUGAUCGAGGCUCUUCUCCGGGCAGGUGCAGACCCGAACCUCCGCGACCCGGUCCUUGCGCUCACCGUGAUGCACGACGCCGCCCGCGAGGGAUUCGCAGAUUCCGUGCGCGUGCUGCUGGCCUACCGGGCAGACCCAAACCUCGUGGAUGAGAAGGGUAACCUGCCGCUUCACCACGCAGCCUCGGAGGGACACCUGGAGGCGACGCGGCUUCUGAUCGCAGCCACCGCGGACCCGCGCGCGCCCAACGGCCUGGGACUCAGCGCCGGGCAGCUGGCGCGCAUCUACGGCAGGGUGGAAACUGGCCAACACAUCGAGGACUACCUGGGCACAGACUAAAGGACGGGGAGGAUGACGAUAAAAACCUGGUGUCUUUAUCACGGAACGUUUCUGCGAAUCCUGCUUGGUUCAUUCUCAAAUAACACUAUGCACUUGAAUUGAUUUAAGUAAAAACAUUUCCCUGCCUAUCGCAUGUGCGACAAUAAAAGUCAC